AUGAGUUUGAUAAGUUGGAAUGCUCAGGGGCUGGGGAACCCCCGAGCAUUCAAUCGACUCUCCCUCCUUGUCAAGAAUCAUAAGCCUACUUUACUUUUUUUGAUGGAAACUAGAUUGAAGCCCAACUCUGUUGAUAGGUUUAAACGGGCUCUAGGUUUUGUUAAUGGCUUUGAAGUCCGUAGGAAGUAUUUUGGGGGAGGACUUCUUCUUUUGUGGGGGGAUGAUGUUGUAAAUAUUAUUAAUUACUCUACUAAUCAUAUAGAUUGUAUUAUUAAUCUCUCUAGUAAUUAUAUAUGGCACCUUACUUUUUUCUAUGGAUCCCCUGUUACUCAUCAAAAGCAUAUUACUUGGAAACUUUUACAUAAUAUUUACUAUAAUGCUGCUAAUCUUCCCUGGUUAGUUAUUGGAGAUUUUAACAGUUACCUUUCAAAUUCUGAUAAGUCUGGGGGUAGUUCUGCUGACGAGGCCUCUAUGGACUGUUUUCAUAACUUUCUUCAUCAGUUUACUAUGGCCCCUCUUUCCUAUUCUGGGAAUAAAUUUACCUGGACAAAUAAGACUAUUCGUGAAAGACUUGAUUGGGCUGUAGCCUCUGAUUUUUGGUACGAUUUUUUUCCUGAACAUUCCUUGCAUCAUCUAGGCUUCUAUGGGUCAGAUCAUAGAGUUCUUAAGCUAGUCUUAACCUCUUCUAACCCUCGAGCUAAUCCUACUUCUGUUCAUAAACAUUUUAGGUUUGAGAAUAUUGGGUUAGAGGAUCCCAGUUUCUAUACCACGGUUGACACUGCUUGGAAGGAAUGGUCUAAUUCUCAUCCUACUGGUAGCGGUUUCCAUAGUUUCCUUGCUCAGCAAGACAAUUGUGUCUCUGCUCUUAAGACUUGGAAUAAGAAAAGCAACCAUUCGAAAUCUAAUCGAAUCAAAUACCUGAAAAAUGAUGAGGGGGUAGUGGUGAACACUCAAGAGGGCAUUGCUGAGCUUGUCAUCUCUUAUUUCUCUGAUCUCUUCUCCUCUCAAGCUGCUGCCUCCAUUUUUGAGUCUUUGGGGCCAGGGCUUGAUGAGCCUGAGAUUACCUUCCUUGCUCAAGAUUUUACUGCUGAUGAAGUCAAAAGAGCUGUCUUCCAACUUUCUGGGGACAAAGCUGUUGGUUUAGAUGGCCUCAAUGCUUUUUUCUAUCAAAAAAAUUGGUCUGUUUUAGGGGCUGACUUCACUAAGGCUAUUCUUGCUUGUCUGAAUCAAGGAAGUUACUUCACUGAGAUUAAUUCUACCCUCAUUGUUCUCAUCCCUAAAAAACAACAUGCAAAUACUCUUAAAGAUUUUCGACCCAUUAGUCUUUGCACCACUCUUUAUAAAGAUAUCUCGAAGAUUCUGGCUAAUCGUCUUAAAAAAGUCUUGGAUAAAAUCAUUUCACCUUGUCAAAGUACGUUUGUGUCGGGUCAUAUUAUCCAAGAUAAUAUUCUUAUUGCAAAUGAGCUUGUGCAUGCUAUUAAAAAUCGGACUGUGGGUACGCGGGGAUGGGCUGCUUUAAAGCUAGAUAUGACUAAAGCUUUUGACCGUGUUGAAUGGGAUUUUUUGAGACACCAUAUGUUCCAUUUUCAUUUUCCUGUUCACUUUGUUUCCCUCAUUUUCAGGUGCUUGACCACUGCUUCCAUUUCUUUCUCUAUAAAUGGUCAAGUUCAUGGGUCCCUUAAGCCCACUCGUGGCCUUCGACAGGGUGAUCCCAUUUCACCUUACCUUUUUAUCCUUUGCUCUGAAGGUCUCUCUGCUCUCCUUCAAAAUUUUCAGAAUAGGGAGCUUCUGAGGGGUAUUGCAAUUUCUAGGCGGGCACCUUCUAUUACUCACUUGCUGUUUGCUGAUGACAGUUUUCUUUUUUGCACUGCUGACAAGCGUUCUUGUGAAACCCUGCAUCAUGCUUUAUCUAUCUAUUCUAAAGCGUCAGGUCAGAUGGUUAAUUUUGCUAAAUCCUCUAUUUUAUUCUCUCCUAAUACCCGUACUGAGGUUAGGAGUCUCUUUUUCCAAACUUUUCAGUUGGAGGGUAGGGCUUUUAUUACCACAUAUUUAGGGCUUCCUCAAUGUCUCUCACGUGUUAAAUAUCCUGCCUUUACCUUCCUUAAGGAUAAAGUGGCCACUAUUUUUCAUUCUUGGAAUCAUAAAUGGUUCUCUAGGGCUGGGAAAGAAACUCUGAUUAAGGCUGUCCUUCAAGCUAUUCCAUCAUAUGCCAUGGCUUGCUAUCGCAUUCCUACAAAAAUUUGUAAGGAAAUCGAAUCCCUGAUCUCUAAGUUUUGGUGGGGCUCUUCUGCAGAGUCUCACAAGGUUCAUUGGAAGAAUUGGUCUAGUGUUUUCCAAUCUAAAUUUGUUGGGGGUUUGGGGUUCCGGUGUUUAACUCAUUUUAAUCAGGCUAUGCUGGCCAAGCAAGCUUGGAGAAUUUUUCAAUACCCUGAUUCGUUGUUAUGUAGAGUUCUCAAAGCUCGGUAUUUCCCCCAUUCUUUUAUUCUUGAGGCAGUUGUGGGUCUUAUUAGGAAGGUGGGUAAUGGGUUAAGUAUUCGCACAAUUGGGGAUCAUUGGUUUCCUGGCUGUCGUUUUAAGUCCUAUUCCACUUCUGCUCCUCCUACUCAAUCUCUUUCUUUUUUUCUUUCGCCUUCUGGGGAUUGGGAUAGGGGAAAGUUGAUUGACUUUUUUGAUGACUCUCUUGUGGAAGACAUCUUGCAGUCUUGGGAUAUGCCUACCUCCUCCUCUUUUGCUUCUAAUAAAUCUUUUUGGACCAAAAUUUGGGCCUCCACAGCACCUCCUAAAAUUAAACACCUCAUUUGGCGUGCUCUUUCUCACUCUCUUCCUGUAGCCUCUUCUCUGUUUUUUAGACACAUUAUUACAAACCCUCUUUGCCCGGUUUGCCAGUUGCAUUCAGAGAUUGUUGAACAUGCUAUCCUUGGGUGUAAUCAUGCUAGAAAAGCUUGGAAACAUUCCAAAUUUUUUACCUUCUAUACUAAUCAUAAGGAUAGUAAUUUUAGCUUAUUUUUAGCCAGUGCUUUAGAUGCCUAUAAUAAAUUUGAUUUGGCUCUAUUAUUUUGUUUUAUUUGGUCAAUCUGGAGUCAGAGAAAUAAUUUAUUCCAUAAGAAGGUAGGGCUCUCCUCAUAUCACCUUUUUGAUUAUGCUGCUAACUAUUUACAUGAGUAUAUUGAUGCUAAUGCUAAGCAGAUGGUAUUGUCUUCCCCUGCACUGCGUCAGAAUCGGCGAGAGGUCCAGCUUCCUGCUGGGCAGUGGAUUGUUUACACAGAUGCGACAUUAGAUUUGGGCCAUAUGAAGCAUAGUUAUGGAGUUGUGGCUUUUGAUAAUGCAGGCUGUAGCAGAGCUGGUUUUAUGGCCCCCUGUUCUGGUGUAGUUUCCCCUGAGGUUGCAUAA